UUUCACAGCCUGUAACAUCUUCCUUUCCCCCACCAGAUGAUGAGCCCCCGGUCCCUGUCCUACCUCCUCCUGCUGCCUCUGGGCGCCUGCUUUCCUCUACAGGACAGAGAAGAGCCUGUGGGUGCCAUGGGUGGCCUUGGGGACCAAGUGAGCUGGGCUGACCGAACUGGGGAACACCACUUCUCCUGGGGCCCCUCGAGGUGGCGCAGAGCUCCAGCCCCACCCACCCUGCUCAUGGUGGCCAAGGAGCUGCAGACAUCGGGCAGAGAGCGAGCUGGCUUCAGGUUCCGCUUUGGAAGGCAGGACGACAGCAGUGAGGCCGCCGGCUUCCUGCAGGCUGACGGCGGUGAGAAGGCGAGUGGCCCACUAGGGACCCUGGCUGAGGAACUCAACGGCUACAGCAGGAAGAAGGGCGGCUUCAGCUUCCGCUUUGGCCGCAGGUGAAUCGAGGCAGUGGAGGGCCAGGCCUCCUUCAGGGAGACUUCUCCCCUCCCUGCCUUUCCACUCGCAUCCCUUUAAGCUUCCAAGACCAAAUGCUAGCAAG